AUGGAACCAAUUGUAUGGGACAAGGUUCCCAAAGAAAUCAUAUACGAAAUCUUGCUAAGGUUACCCGUCAAAUCUCUACUUGGGUGCACGGCAGUGUGCAAGUCAUGGAGUUGUAUGAUCAAAAGCCCUACCUUCAUCCACACCCAUCUGAUCAACCGAUUAAUCGAAUCCAACCGUCGAAACAACGACGGCGUUCAACUCCUCCUUCACAAUCCUGAAUUUGAGCUUUACUCAUUGUACAGGGAUGACGACGACCCACGUGCAUCAUCAUCUACGCUUAGGGAGUAUACCCAUCUUGACAAUCCAUACGAAGUUUACCGCAGCAGAAACCAUAUCCGGGGAUCCGAGUUUUUCGGAACUUGUAACGGGCUCGUGUGCCUUGCUGCGGAAGACAUUGAAUUGACCACAUUAGUUUGGAACCCUAGCAUCAGAAAGUUUGUGGUUUUGCCCAAGUCCGAUGUUACCUUUUGUCAUGGAUAUGGUCGAGAAGCAAGAUGCGCCUUUGGCUACGACAGGCGUGCCAAUGACUAUAAGGUCUUACGAAGAGUGUCUUGUUUUCAAGAAGGCAAAUUUAUCUCAUGUCCAUAUGAGAUUUGGUCGUUAGCCAAGGGCUCUUGGAAGACUCUCAAUACUGGUAAUGAUCGUCAUCAUCAUGAACGUGACAUCGAACAACGGGACUUUGAUGCUGGUCAUCCGCCUGCUUUUGUCAAUGGUGCUCUGCAUUGGGUUCAAGUCAACGUGAACACCGGGAAUAUUUCCGUUGGGUCGUUUGAUAUGUCCGAUGAAGUAUUCGGCAAGAUAACCAUACCACCAGAAGCUGAAACACAAAAAUGUUUCGAUUCUGAUCCACAUUGCGUGGUGUCGAGGUACAGAGAGUCCCUUGCAUUUUUUGAAAGCUCUGAGGAGAGGAGAGAAAGUGUUGGUUGUGGUUGGCUUCUUCACAUGACCAUGUGGGUGAUGAAAGAGUAG